AUGUCUGACCACUAUGUUCCAAUUAAACCAAUCACAGCUGUGCUCAACUUGGAUUCAUUUCCCACCACUGCUCGUAUCUGCUCGACAAAGUCUACGUUCUAUUAUACAUCUCUUACUCUACACGAGCGCACACUUCUUCUCCGACCACCUUACCAACUCACAUGUUCCCUUGACGAGCUUCUCAGACCGGCGCGUAGAAAAUGUUUCAAUCCUCCUCGUUCGCAAAACUCGUGGAUUAUUUUUCGCAAAGAUUUUUUUAGCCAAAUACGUGCAAAACAUCCUGGCACGGCACAUUCUCUGACUGAGAUUUCGACAGCUGCCAGUAACCGUUGGCGAAACCUCCCUUGCGCGGUCAAACAAUAUUUCAAAGUACUUGCCAAGAUUGCUCAAGAGCAGCAUAAGACUGCGUACCCAGAAUAUGCUUAUCGGCCAAAGAGAAUUAAGCAGCAUAGGUAUAAGCUCUUCGAAAACAUGAAUCCAAAUUGUGAAGAGGAUGGAGAAACAUUAAAUAGUAAAAGCGGCGGCGCCAACUCUAGUCUUGUUGGGGAAGAAAGAAUUGGUCAACUGAACAGUACCGCUAAUGAGCACCAUCAUGACGUCGUCCAAGUUGCAAUUGACAAGGACCUGUAUGCUGAUGGUUAUGGCGCGUGUAAUAACACAUAUUACGGUGCUUGGUUUGAAAGUAAAAGCGACAACUUCUCCAAUAAUAAUGCUGUGAAUCCUACCACUGCUAUAAAUCCAUUUAUGCAAGCGGCACAAGACCAAUAUCACACGCAAAUUUUUUGGACGUGGCCUUUUUGCAAUAUAAUAAAUUAA